GUGCAAUGUUGGCGGAAAAUGUGUUCUUGGUCCUGAAAUGUUGACAUAGUGCAUAGUAUCCAGCGCCAUGGAUGCAGACCUUCUGCAGCGCUUCAAUCCAGAGGAUUUCUAUCGCCACUUCCUCGCGGACGGGCUCCGGCCCGAUGGCCGCGGCCUGCGACAGCAGAGAUCAGCAGAGUUGCAGCGGCACGCCCUGGGAUCGGCCCUUGGCUCGGCAUCCCUACGCCUGGGUCGCUCCAGUGUGCUGUGUGGCGUGCGUGGGGAGUUGGAAGAACUGGGUCGCAUCGAAGUCUCCGUGGAGCUGCCACCGCUCUGCUCCGCGCUCUUCCGGGAGAAGCACCGGGCGUUGGGACAGAUGUCCUUCCUCUCCAAGACUCUGACAGAGGUACUUAACUUGCCCUCCGUCUUCGACCCCAAGCAGCUGCUAUGCCAUGGAGACGUUUCAUGGGUGCUCCAUGUCCACAUCGUUUGUCUGAACUACGACGGCAAUGCCUUUGACCUUUGCCUCUUAGCGGCCAUUGCUGCAUUGGAGGAUGCCGAGCUUCCAGCGCUGGUGAAAGGAACUUUGGGGCCAGAGGCUGGAGAACGUCUUGCCAUUGCACCUGCGAACGCUGAGGACGUUGUGUCGGAGGCGCGAAGGCUGGUGCUUCUGGCAAGACCUCUGCCAGUGACCUUUGCUCGGAUGCCAGGUGGCCAGUGGGUGCUGGAUCCUUGCGCUGUUGAGGAAUCCUUGGGCGCUUCUGUGUCUCUUUGCUUCUUGGAGGGACGCUGGCUGGUCUUCCAUCAGGGUGGUGGUGCCGAUGCCAACCGCUUCUUGGAAGAGCUGAUGCCAGUGGCGCGCACAUCUACGGAGAAGCUGACCAAACUGUUCGAGAACUAAGAGGAAACCAAAA